UGUAUCUUUAGUGAGGCUUAGGCUGUCGUUCAUUGUUUGAUGAAAGUUAUUUCAUUUAUAUUAAAAUUUUAUUGAUCGUUUUUAACUAAUAUAUAAAAGUUUAAUAUAAUUUUUUAGACAAGCAAAGAUCUUCGACAUAUUGCGCGAAGUGGCAAAAGUAUAUUGUUCGUAUAUUGUUCAACAAUUGAUUUAAAAAUGAAUCCAGCCAAAAAUCAUCGCACAAGAUAAAAGUUCAUAUUGGAAUAAUAGAAACUGUUUAACCUUACAGUGGACUUUGCCAAUAAAUUAUUGAUGUUAGGUGUUUCUUGUACUAGCGUCGGAGUCGCACUCGUUCUACUAUUGGUUAUGAUAUGUACUCUAAAUGAGAGCUUUAGAUAUAGAGCGAAAUUUCUAAUUUUUGGAUUAGAGUCUCUACUCUUCACAAUCAUUUGUUUACCAUUUAUGUUUUUCAAUAUCAGAUCUUGGAAGAAUGCAUUAAUACCCGCUUGGCUUUUGAGUAAAUCAACAAAUAAAGUAUUAGGAGUUAAAUACGAGGUACGUGGAAAAGAAAAUAUCAUUCACGAUUCUGGUUGUAUUGUUUUGAUAAAUCAUCAAAGUAUGUUGGAUUUGGGAGUAUUGGCACAAUUGUGGCUAGUUAUGGAAAGAUGCACCGUUAUAUCUAAGAAAGAAAUUUUAUAUUUUGGACCGUUCGGUCUCGCUGCUUGGCUAUGGGGUACAAUUUUUAUCGAUAGACGAAAUGUUGAGGAAUCGCGUAAGAUUGUAAAUUCAACGUGUAAAUAUAUACGAGACUCUAAAAUGAAAGUUUUAUUUUUCCCAGAAGGAAAACGACAUAGCGGUAAUACAUUGAUACCUUUCAAAAAAGGACCUUUCCAUUUAGCUAUAACAUCGCAAGUACCGAUUCUACCGGUCAUCGUAUCAAAAUAUUUCUUCUUGAAUAGUAAAUCAAAGAGAUUUGGUUCUGGUACUAGCUAUAUUACAAUCUUACCUCCAAUUCCUACAAAAGGCUUGACCAAAGACAAUAUCCAGGAGUUGAUGGAUAAAUCGUACGAAGCUAUGAAUACGGUAUUUGUUCAAACAUCGCAAGAAACUCUUACAAAACACAUGGAAAGUUUAAAAAAUGAUUAACGGUUGUUCCAAAUUUUCCGAAUGUUCUUUGUACGCAGUCGUUCACGUGCAUUACGGAAUCACACCUAAAGUUCCGCCGAUAAAUUAAUUCUUAUAUUAAUAAUCUCUUCCGAUUGCGUAAAAGGAAUAAUAGAAAUAAUUAUGAACGAA